AUCAUGCCCAGUCCAUUCACUUAUGUCAAGACUGGAUACUCUGUCGAUAUGAUCCCGGAUCUCACUGGAAAGGUUGCUAUUGUUACUGGGGGAAACACUGGUAUUGGCUAUGAAACUGUGCAUGCGCUUGCCAAGGCUGGAGCAAAAGUGUUCAUGGCGAGCCGCAGUGAGGAACGUGCUGUUGAGGCUAUUGCCAAGAUUCACAAAGAUCUUGGCAAGAGCGACAUGGUCGAGUUUCUGAGAUUGGACUUGCAAGACUUGAAACAGACCAAGACAGCUGCUCUCAACUUCUUGGCCAUGUCCCUUCCACUUGACAUUCUUGUAAACAACGCUGGUAUCAUGGCUUGUCCGUUUGCUUUGACCAAGGAUGGGAUCGAAUCUCAGAUGGGCACGAAUCAUCUUGGCCAUUUUCUCUUUACUACAACUCUUAUCCCGGCUCUUGAAAAGGCUGCUCCAUCUCGAGUUGUAUGUGUUAGCUCGUUUGGUCACAGUAUUACAACUGAAGUGGGCAUUAACUUUGAACGAAUAAAUGACGAGUCUUUAUGCAGUUCUUGGCAGAGAUACGGCCAGAGUAAGCUGGCUAAUAUCCUUUUCGCGCGCAGUCUUGCCAAGCGAUUGGCAUCCAGUAAAGUUUAUGUCAACUCGCUCCAUCCAGGUGUGGUGCACACUGAGAUUAUGCGAGGUCCUGCAAACCUGUAUGGCUUGACGGGAAUAUUUUCUGGUCUAUCUUGGCUGGCUACCGGACUGACAGGCAUGAUUGCAUUGACACCAAAGCAAGGUGCACUCACUCAGUUGUAUCUGGCUACUUCGCCUGACAUCUCUGACCAGGGUAUAAGUGGCAAGUACUUUAUUCCAUUUGGUAAAGAGUCGGACGAUUGCACUCCCUUUGCUAAAGAUGAUGAUCUUGCUGAGAAAUUAUGGGAGUGGAGCCAAAACAUAGUCGACAAGAUUCAUUAAACAUUCGUGCCAAUCUUGGCAUUUGCUGAGCUCAUUUUCAGUUGAGAUCGAUAUUCUAGUACAUAUCUGCUUGCACCUACAUUUGGAUAGUCAUUUUUUCAUCAAAUAAAUAUUGACUUUGUUGGGUU